AUGGUUUCCAAGCGCGGGGGCGAGCCACUCUCGCCCACUGAAGGUUCGCCUUGCCCGAGAUCCAUUGAUGGCCCUACAUGUGCCAGCGAACAGUUACCCGCUACCGUUAGCUACCAGAGCCGACUGGAGCACUCCUUCGUUGGUGUCGCCGACCAAAUUCAACCCCACCACGAAGCCGAGGACGCUGGCUGCCUCCAAAGCAAGCUCUGGACCCAGGCAUACGACGCGGCUAAAACCGAUGACGAAAAACUGGUGAUAGAAUAUGAGAGAAUCGUGCUCGGUCAGCUCCACGAGGACGACCCGGACGGUCUCACUGCGCAGGAUGAAAGCAGCCUCGGCGGCCAAAACGACGCUGCCCAGAAGCGUGCACAAAUGGCCCUCGCUGUCCAAGAGGGUAUACGCGUCGUGACAUCGGUGAAGGAAUUUGUGGGCAAAGCGCUCAAGAACGUCCCAGAAGCGGCUGCAGCUUGGGGAGGCGCCAACCGAAGCGGUAUCUCCUAUGUUGUCUCGAGGAUGGACUGGUACUGGGAGUUGUCGGGCCUCCUUGAGAGACCCCACGAAACCCAGAUCGGGCUACGGGGUGAACUCGAGAAGCACAUAAUCUCCCUUUACAAAGCUUUCCUUGCGUACCAGAUGAAGAGUAUAUGCUAUUAUUACCGACGCCGGCUUCUCGUGUUUCUCCGCGACACGAUAAAGCUAGACGACUGGGAAGGCACCCUGAAAUCCAUAAAGGACGCUGAAUUAGUCGUCCAGAAGGAUAUCGACACUUAUAGCGGUGAGGAUAUCAAACAGUCGCUGAGGGACAUUGCAAAGCAUGGAGACACCCAGUGUGCAUCCCUUCAGGACCUCUCCCGAAUCCUCCAGGACAACACGGAAAAGCAGGAGAAUAGGCACCAAGAAGAAAAAACACAAAGUGCCUCUCAGACUUGCGAGAUACCGACCCUCGCCUCACAAAAACGAAUCGAGGACACCAAAGGUGGUCUAUUCGAGGGCGCCUCGAGCUGGAUUCUUACACACAAGGAUUUCCUGCAAUGGGUCGAAUGCGAUGACGUUAAGCUGUUGUGGAUCAAGGGAGACCCAGGAAAGGGCAAAACAAUGCUUCUAAUGACCAUCAUCGACGAGAUAGAGCGCCGCUUGGCCAGCUCAGCGGGAAACCCCGGGCACCAAAACUAG